AAGUUUCAAUUCAAGCACAUUCCCCCUAAAAAGAUUCAAAAGAAAACAAAAAAUAAAUAAAAACACAGAUCAAAGUAGAAUUCACAAUAAUUUAACUAAAAAUGUCAUCGUCCGAACGUCCGAACAACGUCGAGUAUGAAAGUGAAACGGAACUAGUUCAAGACUAUCAAAAAACGAUGUCAAAUCCAGCCAAUGUCAGCUAUGCAACUCAAUAUUUAUAUGAUCAAUUGGUGGACGAUGUGAUUCUUCAAAUUGUUUUUCGUUCUCAUUUUGAGAGCAAGCAUCCGGAAAUCUACAACUCAGACUCACAAGACGACAAAAAAGGAAGCUCACAUAGUGAAUACAACAGCGGAAGCAGCGGCAACAAGCUAUUCAACUGCAAAUGUCUAAACUGUGAAAAAGUCGUGUCUGCAAAUAAGUUUGCGAGUCAUUUAGAAAAUUGCAUGGGCUUUGGUAGAAACUCAAGUAGAAUAGCAAGUCGGAAGAAGACAACCAAUAAUUCAUAUUACGAUUCGGAGAGCGACACAGACACAAAUUGGAAUGAGAGGAAGACAAAGAAAAAGUUAGGAAAUGGACGCAGCAAUGGGAAGAAUAAUAAAAAGAAUUACAACAUGUGAAAGUGAAUUUGCCUCCUUUUUGGGGGGGUUUACAUUUUGGGGAAG